AUGAGCGGGGCGGCGCUCGGCAUCGAGAUCGUCCUGGUGUUCUUCCUGGCCCUGUUCCUGCUGCACCGCUAUGGAGACUUUAAGAAGCAGCAGCGAAUGGUCCUGUUCGGCACACUGCUGGCCUGGUACCUGUGCUUCCUCAUCGUCUUCAUCUUACCUCUGGAUGUCAGCACGACCAUCUACAGGCAGUGCGUCGAAGACCAUGAAAAGCAGGUUUCUGUUCCCACCAGCAGCCCGACGAACCACACCACACCCAACUCCACUGUGGCUCCACCUAAAAGAAACUCUCCAACACCGUGCUACAAGCCGUGGAGCUACAUCCCUGAGGGGAUCAUGCCUGUAUUCUGGAGAGUGGUGUACUGGACCUCCCAGUGCCUCACCUGGCUCCUUCUGCCCUUCAUGCAGUCAUACGCCCGAUCCGGAGGGUUCUCCAUCACAGGGAAGAUCAAAACGGCGCUCAUCGAAAACGCCAUUUACUACGGGACCUACCUGCUGAUCUUCGGCUCUCUGCUCAUCUAUGUGGCGGUCCAUCCUGAGCUGCACCUCACCUGGUACGGCCUGCAGACCAUCGGCAUCACGGCGGCCAACACCUGGGGUCUGUUCCUGUUGGUGCUGCUGCUGGGUUACGGACUUGUGGAGAUCCCGCGCUCCUACUGGAACGCCUCCCGACACGGACACCUGCUGAUGAAGACGUACUUCAAGGCAUCCAAGCUGAUGACGGAGAAGGCGGACGCCGAGGAGAACCUGGAGGACGUGAUGGAGGAGGUGAGGAAGAUUAGUGAGUCCAUCAAGUACAACCACCCUCUGAGGAAAUGCAUCGACACCAUUCUGAGGAAGUGUCCUGUAGAUUAUCAGGAGAAGAUGGGUCGAAACAUGGAUGACUAUGAAGACUUUGAUGACAAACAGAACACCUACCCGACUGAGAAGAGCCUGGUGAAGCUGCACAAACAGGUGAUCUACGCGGUCCAGCGGCACAACCGGACCCGGGUCCAGUGGCAGAUCCUCCUGCAGCAGGCCAUCCACCUGGAGGACGUAUCCAAGAACGAGACCAGUUUGAGCCACCAGUUUGUCCACAGCUUCCCGUCCUCCGAGCCAGUCGGCUGGUUUAGCCGAUACAUUUAUACCCCGACCGUAGAGUGGUACUGGGAGUGUCUCCUGAAGCGCUGGUUCUACCGGCUGCUCUCAGUGGUUCUGACUCUGUUCAGUGUGGCUGUGGUCUGGUCCGAAUGCACCUUCUUCAGCACCCAACCAGUCCUGUCUCUGUUUGCUGUCUUCAUCCAGCUGGCUGAGAGAGACUAUAACUACCUUUACAUUGAGAUGGCGUGCUUCGUCACCAUCUUCUUCCUCUGCAUCAGCGUUUACUCCACUGUGUUCCGGAUCAGGGUCUUUAACUACUACUACCUGGCCUCCCACCAUCAGACGGAUGCCUACAGCCUGCAGUUCAGCGGCAUGCUCUUCUGUCGGCUCACUCCUCCUCUCUGCCUGAACUUCCUGGGUCUGAUCCACAUGGACUCGGCCAUCUCCCACCAGCAGAAGCUGCAAACGGCUUACACCUCUAUCAUGGGAUCCAUGAAGGUUCUCUCCUUCAUUGCCAAUGGUUUCUACAUCUACUACCCCAUGCUGAUCGUCAUCCUCUGCAUCGCCACCUACUUCAGCCUGGGAACCCGCUGCCUGAACCUUCUGGGCUUCCAGCAGUUCAUGGACGACAGUGAGAUGACCUCUGACCUGAUCGACGAGGGAAAGGAGUUGAUCCGACGUGAGAGGAGGAAGCGGCAAAGGAUGGAAGAUGGAGAGAACAGACGGAGAGAGUGGAAGGAACGUUAUGGAAACCAGAGGGACGACUUCACUGCGAGGAACCGGAGCAGUCAUGAGAUGAAGGAAACAAACUAUUCAGAGUCUAGCAGGGACAGACAGAAUAAAUAUUCCCGCCCCGGGGGCCGAGCAGAGAGGGACUGCAUCGAGCUGCUGCAGGACGCCGAACCUCUGGAUUUCAACGCUGACGCUCUGGCAGAUGAUCCCCUGGAGGCCGAAUCCGGCAGGCACGUUGGAGGACGCUACCUGUCCAUGUCCUCGUCUCGGAACCGAAUAUUUGACGACGUCUAACUCUGCUCCACCCCAGCAUGCAUGCUAACGACCCAACAGUCCGAGGAAAAUCUCCACCCUCUGGCUCCGCUGCAGGUCCAUGACGCCACUUUGAAGGAUCUUUACUGAUAUUACGGUUAUUUAUGAAGCUGAUUUCCUCCUGAACUUGCUGCUGAGCGCCUGCCUCCGCCUGAGCAUGCUCACGAAUGUACAGCCGCCAAACGUCUAUCGAACACUGAUGAAGGUCCUAUAUUACUUUUAUUUAUAUUUUACUUUUUCCUUCAUGUUUGUGUUGUAGAUCAGUGUAAUUGUGAAAACCUUUGAUUCGUGUUUAUAAACCAGUUUGCACUUGACCUGAAACGUCUGAACUACUUAUUUUGGAGAGAAGCUUUCGGUCCUGAAGCUUCUGCCGGAGCUCAUCAUUUGGGCUUCUGACUGUGAACACUGUGCACGUCACAUUAAAGGAAAACUGUAGUGAGUUUUGUCAUUUUUCAUGUAUAAAAUGAAGAUUGCAAGGCAUCUAAAGGAUGUCUGUAUCUGCUUGUUUCAAAAAUGUGUUCUAGACCUCUGAAUGAAAAUCCUUUUUAUAUUUAUCUGAUUAGAAAUUCAGUUACAAACUAAAACUAAAGCAGUGACUUAGCUGAGUUUAACCCUAUUUUAUAAUUCUUUAUUUAUUUGUGACCUGAAGAAAAAGGGCCGAUUACAAAGCCCUGAGAAACUCUGGAUAUCAGCACCACACCAAUAACUAACCCGUCUGUUUAAUGGGGAACAACAAGUUACCGUAGUGUAAAAUAACCUGGUGAAUUUUAUAAAUAUAACUUAUUUCACGUCUUCAUAGGAUCAUUGUUGCACUUCAGGUAAACAAAAAAACAACAGAUGAUGAUAGAAGAAGAAUAACUGUUUACCUUUAUCACUCUUGUGUAUAUACGGUAUGUAUAAUAUGUUUUCUUUGUAUAAUAUGGGUUACUUAAUCAUGUGAGUUUGUAUUUAAGGUUUCCUCCAUGUAGAAGCAGCUACUGUCAUUAUUGUCUGUUCCUCCUGCUACUGGUGAUUCUGGUGAUGAAGUUAUGGAGUGUUCUGAGUAUUUAGAAGAAGAAAAUAUCCACUUUCCUCUACAGUGUUCUGUCAGAAAAAUAAAAACGGA